AUGCCGCCUGGUAUUAACCAUGGUGCUUUUGCUUCAGCCGGCGUCAUCGCUGUGUCCGUAGCUGUCGCCGCAGCCAUCGCCAUUUACGAGUCCCCUGAGCUCCGACGCUAUACCGAUGACAUCCGCAGACGCAUCGCCAUGGCCCUACAUUCGCUGGGCGAGGGUGUUGAGCCUGGCGAGCGCCCUCCCAUGUUCAACCGGCCUGAGGAUGCCCAAGGCUUCCUCGAGUCACGCGGCGGCGUCGGCGGCCAACCCGGCGUCGAUGCCGACGAAGAAACCCGCCGUCGUCAGCGAGAGGAGCUGAUGUACUGGAACGCCAUUCACCUGUCCAAGCUCGAGUUCCAGAAGAAGGCCGACGAACAGGCAUCGCCCGCCGCCCAGCUGCCAGCCGCCACCGAGGGCUCCAGCUUUGACGACUUUCUUCGGCAAGACGCCAGUGGCGAGAGCAACUCAUUCGUUUUCAAGACAGGCGCAAAUAUUAACGAGGGCGAGGCUCAGGUCCGACGCCGCAACGAGGGCGCCCGCGGCCUCGCUGCAGCGGCGGCGGUGGCGGCGCUCGCCAACCCUUUUGACGACGAGUACCGAAUCGAUCCUGUGGAGCUCUUUGACAACGCCAAUAACGUCGCACCCCAUCACGAUGAUUCCAUGUCAGACAUUUACAGCGCCACGACCCGCGAUGCCGAUGACGCCCCUCCCAAUCUCUCUGUCGCCCUCUCCACCGCCACGCCGGACCUCGUGGAUGUGACCACUGACAAUGACACGGCGACAGAGCGCUCGACCACGCUCGACCGCGAGCUUGACCAGGACGAGUACAUGACGGCAGGCCAGGACCAGGAUGACCAUAGUGCCUCCGAGGCGUACGCUUCCAUUCAGGCCUGGGCCCAGGGUUCGAGCUCCAACUUUUACUCGCCCCUGCCCAUGUCGCCCGCCGCUCCCAUGUCCGAGCCCGAGAUGGUCAGCGAGGGUGUUUUGACGCCGACCGACUCGGUUUCGCUCGCCGGCUCCGGCGAGGACAUUGCCAACGACACGGUGUCUUCCAAGGGUGGCGACAAUAGCCGUCCGUACGACGUUCUCAGCGAGAGUGAGGGUAUGAUGACACCAGCGAGCUGGUCCGAAGUCGGCAGCGUCGUCAGCGAGAACGACAUGCAGCACAACGAGCCUUUGCGCGCAUGA